CGGACCGCCGCGCGCUCACUCACAUUCAGCGGAACUAGUUGGAGCUCAGCGAGCGCGGCAGCACUUCAUUACAUCCACACAGCACCAGCUGGGGGAAAUAUUCACCUGUGCGCUGCCAGGAUUAAUUCACGAGAAUUUUAUCUUUAAUUUAGCACACUACUGUCUUAAAGGUGCAGUGAGGGACACCAGCAAGAAUCUCUAUCGGACCUCCUGCUCUGUCCUGAAGCCAAACAAGUUUUUAAUUUACCUUCAGUGAGUGAAAUUUUACCUAGAAACUGAACGAAGGCUACUGUUUUACGUGCAUUUCGGAGAGAGCGCUCGUUUUCAUAGAGAGGACCGUAAUCAACCAUGGCGAGACAUGACGCCCGAAAUUGGCAUGACUGCUCAAAAAUGACCGGACUGCUCUGUUUGGUGGCGUCGAUACUUCUUCAACACGGAGCAUCAGGUCAGCGGGUGAAGGUGGAGCCGGAGGUGUCGUCAUAUCCAGGCCAGACAGUUACCUUGCGCUGUGCCUUCACGGAUCCCACCGGGAUUCAGCUCACAAUGGUCACGUGGAUCUACGAGCCCAAGGACGGAGACAGGAUCAACAUAGCCGUAUUUCACCCCAACUUUGACCCCAACUACCCUGAGUCGCCUCUAAAGGGCCGAGUCAGCUUUUCACCCAGCCCCCCAUCCUUGAGCAGUCCGUCCAUCCAGAUCAGCGAUGUUAGGAUGACCGAUGAGGGGAGGUACAUCUGCGAGUAUGCCACCUAUCCCAGUGGCAACGAGCAGGGCAUCACAUUCCUGGUCAUGUUGGCUAAGCCACAGAACUCGGCCUCCAUCGUAACAGUCGUAGCCGGGGCUAAGCAGGUUGUUGUAGCUAAAUGUGAGUCUGCGAAUGGCCGCCCCGCUGCGCAAAUCAACUGGGUGACCACAGCCAAUGGGAACGCUACGACCAAGUCAGAGCCAGGAGCCGACAACACCGUGACCGUGAGCAGCGAGUAUCGCAUGAUUGCCACCCCAGUACACAACGGGAAGGACAUCAGCUGUGUGGUGACGCACAGGACCCAGACCAAAGCUGAGAGCUUUCCGUUGAAGCUGGCAGUUCAGUAUGCCCCUCAGGUGGAAAUAGUGGGUUAUGACAAUAAUUGGUACCUGGGUCGUACAAAUGUGCUGCUCACCUGCCAUGCUAAAGGAAACCCUGUCCCAGUCUCCGUCCUAUGGAAGACUAUGUCUGGAGAGAUGCCUGACACUGUGCAAGUCAACGGGAAUGAGCUGAAGGUGCUUAAAGUGGACGAGGCUGUUAACACCACUUUUGUGUGCGAGGUGAAGAACCGCAUCGGGACCGGCAGAGACCAGGUCACAGCUGUGGUCAGAGAGCCCACAGUGAACCCAUCCAAUGCUGGCGUGGUGGCGGGAGCUGUGAUUGGCUCCCUGCUGGCGCUCCUUUUGGUCGCCGCUCUCAUCGCAGUGCUCGUCACCCGUAGCCGCAGGCAACAGCAGGGUUACCGUGCCAAUGGCGGCAGCGACAUGAAGACACGCAUAUUUGGGAGCGGUAAGAAGGCCAGCAAGAAUGGCACAGGUGGAGGUGCAGGGAGUGGCAGUGUCGGAGGCGGCAACAAUAACGGCCCCAUCUACGUGUACAACGAAAGCUCCUCCCACCAAGGCCUCGCAGAGAAAAACAACCACCACCAGCCGCUCACCAUAGGGGGCCGGCCUGAAGUUGUCGCAACUACUCCCACUGCCCAAGACAUCCUCCUGAGCAAUGAACUAGAUGACGCGGAGAGAAGGAAGUUUGAUGAGCUGGAGGAGGAGGAGAGGUAUGACCACUUCUCCGGAGGGGCUCCCAUCCUUCAGCUUCGCCCUCAUGACCAGGAUGAUAUGAUUGGAGACUACCUGGAUGAUGACAUGGAGUCUCAGCGGGAUGGCUCGGUCAUCUCUCGGACUGCUGUUUAUGUAUAGAGGAGGAGGAGGAGAGGAAAGAAGAGGAGGGAAAAAAAGGAAAAAGAUGAUGGGUUCCUCCUAAGGAUUUUAUGGCUCCAGGGUCUCACCCUGUUUCAUAGGAAAAGAGAGAAUUAUACCACUUUUAUUUUUUGAAAAUUAAUUUCAAAUAUAGCCCAUAUUAAUCACAAUGAAACCCAGAGAAUGGACAGAAUGAACAGGAGCGAGAGGAGAGAUAUCUGGAAAGGAGCGUCGCUGUAAUUUUGUCUCUAAGAACUGAAAAUCAAACGAAGAAAAGAAAACAACCAAUCUCCCACUGUUUCUGUUCAUGCUAUCGCUAUCACUGGGACCUUGACAAGAACUCUUGACAGACAAAAGAGACAAACUGUGUGGAGUGGGAGUAGGAUAAUGGAAUCAUGAUACAAGCUUGGCUAUAGAGGAGGCAAACUCACUUGCAAAUUCACUCUUAUCUUCACCAAAACAGUAAAGAUGGAAAGGCUUGUCAAGCCAGCUACAUGUUGCCUGCUUGUAUCAGUCCUCCCAUGAGAAAGCUUUUUGUUCUGAUGCUGCGUUGUGCUGUGACAGCUGCUGCGUUAGUUAGGAGCAGGUGAUGGGUUUGGAGGAAAACACUGGAAGGCAUAGACAGUAACCUUCAUGCAAUUCAGAAAAAUGAGACCAAUGUAUAUGCUCCUUUUAAACCUAAAGAAAAAACAUUCCUGCUGCUAAUAACAGCAGUGGACUUAAAAGAUGACAUUAAUGUGCUGCUCAAAUCAAGUCCAGCUGAAUAUAUCAACGCAAGUUUACAGAGUUUGAAGCGACUUCUUAACAAGGUAUUCACAUAAAAUUUUUUUGCACUGUGCCUCGAGGAAGGAAACGGUAAACAAGAGACGAGGGAAUGAGGUGUAGCUGAUCUGACAGGGUCAAGGGAUGGAAAGAGGGAUGCAGGAAGCAGGAAAGCAAGAAGAGGAGCAUGUCUCUUCUUCUCUUCUUCCUCCUCAUCCUCAUCUCCUCGGAGCGCUCCUGACAGGAGGAGCUUGAUUGGUAAUGAGCCGUGAAGUCGCUCGCUUUAGCCGGGACCAACAGAUUGCCACCACUUAUCGUUUAUGACGUAGCGGUUCCCCCCUCCUCCCUCCGCCACCUCUAUCUCUCCCUCACCCCUCCUUCUCUCUCUCUCAUCAUCCCUCUCUCUCUUCCGGUGUUUAUGGGGAGUUUAUGAUUUAUCCAGGGCGGUGUUGAGGUCAGGGCCGCAGAGAGCAGGGGGAGUAUUUUACUGCUCCUGAUGUGUCAAGCGCCCCACUUACUCUAUUCCAGUGCGGCCUGCCGUGACAUGCAGGGCUGACUAAUCCACCUGAAGUGGCCGUGUGCUCUCCGUUGCAUGGAUGCUCCUGUCUCCUUCUAUACUUAAGUAAAUGGCUGGAUAAAACAGAACCCCACCUUUUCAGUAAAACGGUGUUAUCUUGGAUAGAUUUACAGUUACAUCAUCUAAUAUUUCUUUCUAUUAGUGGAUGAUGCUAAAUGUUGUGGAUUGAUCAAGGUCCAUGUUAAACCCAUUGGAGUUGUAUUGACUAACUGGCAGUAACUUGUGAACGGCCCUUUAUGAUGCGGCUUCGGGCUAAAUUUCUCCGGACUGUUAAUUUAUCCAUCUAACGAGCCACUGGAGGCCCACUCAGGCAAACGUUACUCGUGGCAACUGUACACAGCUGUCUUUAAUGCUCAGUAUGUGAGUUUAAUGUGCAUCUCUGUGUUUAGUAGCCGCUGGAUGACUGUGAUGGACAAUCUUGAAGAGAAGCUCCUCUAAUUGUAGGUUUCUGGCCUUCUAAUUAACUCCCCUUUUACCCUCUGGGAAUCCUAAGAGAGCCGUUUAUCGAUGACUGUACUGACCUCCUGUAAUGCCCAGCUAAGAUCUGGGUUGUAGUGUGCUGCAGGUCAUAAGGUCAAACAAUAGGUGACCCAUUGCCAAGGGCAAGAAAUGACUGCGCCUGCCUGCAUUUAUUAUAACACUUGCUCUUGACCUUGAACUAUGGAUGUUUGAAACACUCUUGCGAGUAAGGGCCGAGAGAGAGUGAAGAGGAGAGAGACAGAGGAGGUAAACAAAAAUAGCUCCCUAUAUUUGAGCACUGUCUAGCAUAUUGUAAGCCAGUGUGUUCAAUAGGAUUAUCAUCUAAUGGCCUUAGCUUACACACAACUGCAGCUCCUGUAAACCUGGGGUACAGAAAAUUUAACCGAGCAUGGCUGAUUUGCCACAACCACUCAAAAAUGGAAAUGUAUUACUUAUUUUUGCACUUGUGUAUGUCACCGCUACAAAGAGUGUAAUAUGUGAGAUGAAAAUGGCGGCAUAAGGGACAAAACUGUUGUAUGUACAUUUUGGUGUGAGGUAUCCGUGUACUAUAUAUGUAAGCAUCUUUAUUUUUCUCGUGAAAAUGUGGAUAUUUAUGAAAAUGUAAAUAUCAGAUCGAUGGAGCCAGUGUUGCCAGUGUUGUGGAAGUGAGGAGGAAGGCGUGUUAGGUUGGAAAGUUCAAAAUGUCUCAGAGGUCUUCAGAAUGUAAUUUUUAAUCUAAUGAAAACCUCUCUGGUUCAGUGUUGGAGUUUAAGUCUUACUGAGCUGAAUUUAUCUAAAGCCUAAGAGUUCAUUUAUACUGGAGGAAAAAAUAAAUAUGUAUAUUUUUUUUUGGUUAAAUUUUGCAUUCCCUGCAUUUCCACAUAAUAAGCACACUCUAUUUUUUGCACAAUUGGCUUCUUCUUCUCCUUGACUGACACCCUGCCAAUGCAAAAAUACCCACAAUGCUCAUAAUUUAUCAGGUAAACACACAAACAAUGCCUGUGCUGCGUCUGACUCAGCUGCGCAUGUUCAGUGAGUGUCAGCGUGUAUUUUGGUGAUGCUCCAGGGCUUUGAGGCAUCUCUCACUGCCACAGGGGCUGUAACCUUAGUAGCCACCCUUUGUCACCAUGGAAAACUAGUGUAGUGAAGAUACUAUUGUGCAUUUGGACAGAAUACUGACUCACAAACAUGCACACACUGUACACAUAUAUACGGCGAAUGCAGAGAAACAUUCGCCCACACAAACACCCCUCAGUCACUCUCAUUAUGCGCACUCCCACAGCCAAACUGUGCAGAAGACACCUCAUACCUGACAACUCUGCCAUCUCCUGACACGUGCCCACACGACUCUGCUGGCAUAGCUGCACAAAAACACACACAUCCACACUUUGUCUUUGUCCUCUUUUUGCUCAGUGGCUCUGUCAGGACUUGUACUCAGUCCUGUUACAGCCGCGGCGAGAAGUGUCCCCCUGCUCCGUCGAUUUCUAUUCCUCCUCUGACUCCUUCCCAAACUCAUGGACACAGACAAGUGCACACUUAGUGACACACACCUUUCACCCAGUGUCAGAGGAAACAAGCUUUUUAGGAAACUGUCCGUUCUGCAUUUGUUCCACAUGGCAAAUGCAGCUUUGACAAAAAUGCCCCCGUUUGCUGACCUCCGUCCCCUCCCAGAUCUUUCUGAAUGCUUUUAAAGAGUCAAAACUUCCUACUCGCAUCCGAUAUUUUGUUUUCUGAUUUUUUUUUUUCCAAUUCCAGCCACCUCUGCCACCACCACCGCCUCCACAGACACACACACACCACUGCCACCCGCCAAGUACAGGCCUGUCAGACAAAUUGCUUUUAGAGAAAUCCAAGAUACAGGUCUGGGUCUAGCACAAGGUUAGAUAGUUUAAAAAAUAUUUUUCUUUUACCAGAAAGCCACAUACUGUUAGUGUUUCUUUGGCUCCAAACAUCUGAUGACUAUCAAAGCCUUAACACCCUCCAUGUCACAUGCAUAAAAAGAAGAAAAGAGAAAUCCUUCCUGUGUACAUAGUAUAAAUAUAUAAAUAUGUAGCAGAGAAAAAAUUACUAAUUUAUGGUGUCACGUUUGUGUAUUUCUCAGUGACAGCAAGCAUGAAGGAUUUAUUUUCUCCUAUUACAGUUUCUCUUCUUUUCUGUUAUUUUGCAGUGCUUUAUAAUUUAUGUUUUUCGGAGUGCUUUAUUCUUGACUGCUGCGCUGUGAUUGCUGCCAAAACUGGCAAAAUGUGCUUCUUCUAUACAAAAGAACUGUACACACUACGAAACAGUCUUACCCCAAAAAUGUGCUUUUUCUUACAUUAUUAUUAUUAUUAUUAUGAUUAUUAAUAACUGCUUUGUGUAAAAGUUGUCUUUUUCUUUUUUGUAUUUUUUAAUUUUGAUUUUAUUUUGGUCUUUAAAAAAAAAAGAAUUGAAAUGUCACCAUUUUGUCGUGUCUUUCUAUAUUUUUUUCGUAUUCUGUUGCUAUUAAAG